AUGGGAAAACGAAAGAAGUCCUCGCGCGGUCCCGUCAAGAAGCAGCGCGAAGUCCUUGCGACCAACUUCAAAUGCGUCUUCUGCAACCACGAGACGUCGGUCGGCGUCAAGAUCGAUAAGAAGGCAGGCGUUGGCAACUUGCACUGCAAGUCAUGCCUCCAGAACUUCCAGACAGGCGUGAACUACCUCUCCCAGCCUGUUGAUGUCUAUGCCGACUGGAUCGAUGCCUGCGACGCCGUCGCAAAGGAGACUGCCGGGACCAGCACCGCAGCUCCAGCCUCUGCGCAUCGCCAACCACAACAACCACAUUCGCGAGCAGGACCAGCACCAGGCGAGAAAUACACUGCUGAAGAUGAUGGAUUCAUAGACGAUGACGAUGCGGAUGGAGAGGCAGACCUUGCAGAUGAAGAUUGA